AUGGAAGGCGACUGUGGUCGCCAUCGCAAGAUUGGGACAUUCCGCUCUUCAGAAGACGGGGAAUGGCGACGCGAUGAGCGAGGUCGGUGGCACAGGCGAGAGGAGCCUCUCCACGGCUGGGGAAGAGGCUCUGAGGCCGGCAGGGAAGCAGAAGCACAGCAGGCCGACCCGUCGCAUGAGAAGGCGGAAGAUGGAAGUGCAAGAGGUGGGGACGAGGACCAGGAAUACGGCGAUGACAAGACAGGCGCGGACAAUGACGACCGCGCCAUAGCCGAGGAGGAGGAAUCCGCGCCGUCGGACGAAGUCGCCGGCCCAGGCGAGGCGGCAGCGGAGGAGCCGAGGGAGGCAUGA